CUCAGUCGUAGGAUGGCAGUCAGCGCGUGACGAUAGUGGUGGAUGAACGGGAGCAUCGUGCUGACACAUGAAAAGAGACGGAUGUUUGACAUCGUUCACAGCCGCGUUUACGCGCUGUCACAUGCGGGAGAGUGCUUCUAUGUGUGCCUCUAUGUGUUAUUACGUCGUGUGCGUGUGUGUGCGUGUGCGUGCAAAACGACAAUAGCCGAGUAACGACGAGACGACGACGACAUAACGCGACGGUUUCAACGUCAUUUUUAACGUUCAAGUAAAUUCGGAAAGAAAAAGAAAUUUUCAAAAAUUAAUAUCAAUAAUAAAGAUAUAACAACAACAAGAAGAACGGUUAUCAUCAUAGGACAUUGUCCCUUGUCAAUGUCAGUCGUUGUCAUAACGCGACGAAACGGAUAAGUUUAAAAGGCAAGGAAGUUUUUUAAAGAAAGGGAAGAAAGAAAGGAAGAAAGGCAAGAAGAAAGAAAGAAAGAAGGGCGGUUUAAUGGGUCCGCAAGCAUCGUCGAUAAUACGGUCGCAUCGCGAAGGAAGACGCGCGCACGAUCGCCCCCUCGCGUAAACGAACGCUACGCCCUAUUCGUCUCGUCUUUCCUCUCGGUUCGUCUCGUCGAAGGUCGGCCGACGUCGUCGCGACGGACCGCGCCGACGGAUAAAACGUUUCGUCGAAGAGCCGUGGGAAUCAGCCGGCGGAAGGAACAGCGCUGCGCCGUGUGUAGUUUUAUACUCAGAAAGAGAGAGAGAGAGAGAGGGAUCAAGAGCGAAAGAGAAAGAGAGGUAGAGAGAUAGAGAGAGAAAGAGAGAGAGAGAACGAUCUUUCGCGAGGACAAAGACGAAGGAAGACGAGAUGCUUGAGGCUCGUACAAAGCUUUCGUCUGGACGAAAACGGUGAAGGGUCCCUUUAAGAGAAAAGGAGAAAACGUCAGAGGGAGAAAGAGUUUUAGAAGAAAGGAGAAGGAGGAGAAAGAAGAAAAGGAAGAGGUGGAGAAGGAGAAGAGAAGGAAGAGGAAAACGUAAGAACGUGACGUUGGAUUGCCGGUGGGCGAGGCAAAGAGGAAAGGACCGAAGAGAGAUAGAGAUAGGCUCACUUUCUCGGUUGUUCUCUCCUUCGGAACGCGAAUUUUUUUUUGUCGAAUAUGCGAUAACGCAUGUACCCACGACGACUUGGUAAAACUAACUUCUCACGAGGAGGAGGGCUUUCCUCGGAGUUGGAUAUAAGUUGUUGGUCCAACCCUUGGGUAUCACCCUCCUGACGUGACAUAGAUCCGACUUUGCUGUCGUCUACGCCGUCGUUGUCAUCGUUGACAUCCUCAAUCGUUGUCAUCAUCAUUGUUGCAUUCGAGUGCAUCCUGACAGACGAAAGAAAGAAAGAGCCAAAGGAACAAGAUUUGAAAUUACUUCAAAUUUUUCGCCUAAAGGAACCUCGGCAUUGUCGUCGUCGUCGUUGUCGUCGUCUUCGUCGUUGGCUUUGUAGUCGUCGUUGUAAUCGUAAUCGUUACGGCCACGACGAUUCCGCGAGGAUUAGGCAGGCCGCGUGGGCGGAGGGUGCCUUUGUGGGUGCCUCGGUGGACUACGCGCGGAAGGUGACAUCGGAAGAGGAAGAGAGGAAAGGAAAAAGAGAGAAGAGAAAAGACGAAGUAUCGUUCGUCGUUGACACGAUGAGAGCAUAGCGAGCAAAGACGAGAAAAAGGACGCGCGACCGCGCAUUGUCCUAUUCCCCUAUUAUAUAUAUAUAUAUAUUAUUAUUAUAUAUAUAUAUAUAUAUAUAUUUUCUAGCCUCCUCCUGCUCCUUCAGAUAGGAAUAUCCUUCUCUCUAUCUCCCUCUUUUCAAGAUGGCCGCCGCCUGCUACGAAAAAGAAUCGGUGGUAGGUGGUACGACGAUGCAUGGCCACGGUCAUCACCAUCAUCACCAUCAUCAUCAUCAUCACCAUCAUCAUGCCGUUAAUUCGAAUUGCGGUACGCCCGGGCAGACGGUUCUACCGGCCGGCUCAAGCGGUAUUCUUGAUGCCGUAGCCGCAGCUGCUGCUGCUGCUGCUGCCGCCAACGGACCCGGCUCGAACCCGGCCGCUGCAAGCGGUGGUACCGGCACCGCGGCGACGGCUGCAGCAGUAACCACUUACAAGGAUUACAAGGACUAUUCCCAACCACUUCACGUCGAUUGCAGCGUCGAGUACGAGCUACCGAGCCAAGCGAAGCCACCGCCCGGUGGUGGCGAGCCCUUGCUCAUGAUACACCCCUGCUAUUAUCGACGAGCCGAACGAGAAAGAAGAAGUCCUUUCGUCAACAAUCUACCACCACCAACGAACACCCACUCGAUAUCCUCCUCUUCUUCCUCGAGAAGGAUCUCUAGGCGUACCACCGCCUCUUCAGCGACUUCGGCAGUCGCUGCGGUUGCCUCAGCAGUAGCAGUACCAGCUACCGUCGUAUCAUCCGUUUCUACCUCCACCGUUUCCUCGAGUUCUGCAUGUACCGCCGCGAUGGUCGCACCGAGUACCGAGGCUCUCGGGACAAGCCUUAUAUCCUCGACCAACGGCCAGAUGUCUUCAGUUGCCGUGGCUGCCUCCUAUCGAGCCGCUCUUAAUGCCGCUGCUGCGGUUUCUCAACAGCAGGCUCAACAACAACAACAGCAACGACGCCACCAACAUCAGCAGCAGCAACAACAGCAACACACGCUUCAUCAUACUCAGCAUCGAACACAUCCAACUCAUCCGCUGCACCAACAGCAACAACAACAACAGCAACAACAACAACAGCAGCAGCAACAGCAGGUCCAACAACAACAGCAACAACAACAACAACAGCAGCAGCAGCAAUCUCAAAAUUCGAUUACGCCGACAACUUCGGCUUCCGACCUCAUUUCUGCCGACGAAAAGGCAGUUAUAUCAGGUAUUUAUCAACACUACUUCCGGGCGAUGCGAGCCCAUAACCAUCAGCAUCGACAGCAACAACAACAACAGCAGGUCCAACAACAACAACAGCAACAACAGCAGCAGCAGCAGCAGCAACAACAACAACAACAACAACAACAACAGCAUCAUCAUCAUCGUACUACGCAUCAACUUCAUCAACAGCAACCUCACCAAAGCGACAGAAGUUCCUCCUCUUCGUCUGCCACGUCAACGACCACUUCGGUAUCCGGUAUCCUACGGCCAAGUUAUCAACAAGCGUAUAGCGUAUCGACUAGCUCGAACUCAUCGAGUCAUCAUCGUUCAGUUACGGCGUCCGUCCUAGCGCAUCAUCCUUACAGGCGACCAACCUCGACAUUAUUAUCGCGAACAACGUCGCAUCUCGGGCAGCAGGCUUCCUCUUCUUCCUCUUCCAUAAACUCGUCCACCAUCAGUGCUUCCAACGGCGUAACGUCCAGUGCCGUUUCUAGCGUGUACGCCGGUGCGAUACAUAGGCAUCACGCGACCUCAUUGCAUGCCCUUCAAGCGGCGGGCUUCUACGAGACGCCCGGUUAUCACGCUCUCCUACCCCAAAGCUAGACAAUCGAGAACGGCUUCUCUGAUCAGCCAAUGCGUCGUUCAUUCGGAGAAUCGAUCUCUCCUUUUGACGCCUCUAACCUCUUCAUUCCGGUAUCGUGAAAAGGUAAUCACAAAGUUGUCCCUACUCCUCCUCCUACUUCAGAAGAAGACCCAACCCUCGUCAUAUUCCCACCCUCCUUAACGUUUCACCCUUGUCAACCUUAUAUUCCGUAUCUCGUUGUAAUUUUCCAGGACGGAGAGCUUAAGCUCACAACAGCUGGUAAUGGUCGACCGGGUAGACGGAAAAAAGAUGACGUGUAGUGUAAAUGUCCUCGAAAAUGUUAAAAAGAGAAAAAAAAAGGAAAAAAGAAAAAGAAAAGAAAGAGACAGAAUGUGUUAUAGCGAGAGACAGCUGAAAUGGUUGACCCUGUGUGGAUCGAACGUUUCCAUCCACCUGCAGUCUUUUUCUCUUUCUUUCUCUCUCUUUUUUUCUUUUUAAACAUCAUCGUUCUCUAUUGGCAUGGCUCAGGUACUUGGAAGAUGCUGUUUGCACAAGAAAGAGGAAGAGGGAAUGAAAGAAAAGAGACCUUAGGAAAGAGAAUUCUCGUUGAAUCUCUUUGGCAAGAGCUUUUAGCUCGCGGCCCCCCUCCCUCCACCCCGCCUAUACAUAUACACAUCUCUCUUCGUUCUGGCUGUGUGUGUGCGCGCGCGUGUGUGUGUGUUAUCCGCUUUGAAAUUCGACGUGCCGUCACGGCCGAAGACCGACGACGAAUAUCCUCGUCGUUCCGCGAACACGGUAAUCGUGUAACCGUAUCGAUUUCCAUGGCUUAGGCAGUAUUUCCACCGGAUUUCGCUCGGUCUACUUUCGCACAGAGAAAUGAUGAUCGCGCUCGUUCGUCCCUUCUACUGUCGUCGUCCUCGAUGAAAUUCUGAACCUUCUCUUUUCUUCCUUUCUCCUUCUAUUUCCUUUUUUUUCCCCGUUUCAAUUUAAAUCACCGACAAAGUCUUUUGAAAAAAGGAAAAGAAUUGAGAUUCCUUCCUUCGUUCAAAGAUUCUAUCAAUUUUCAACUGACUCAUAUAUAUGUAUAUAUAUGUACAAAAGAUCGUAUUUAAUAAUUUACAAUAUUUUAAUCAACAUGUAUUAUAAUUGAAAUUGACCGUAGUUAACGAAGAAACACGUUAAAUAAUAGCAAUCUUAUAAAUAAAAGAAACUACAAUAUAAUUUUCAAAGAACUAGAGAAAAAUAUAAAAGAGGAUUGCGAAAUGAAGAUAGAACGCGUGAGUUCUAAACAUGCUACUAAAGCAACUUUCAGAAUUCUUCGAUCGGUUUCUAGGAAUCGAUCAUGCUAGAUUAGGGCGGUGAGGAGGUUGGUUAGGAGUAGGGUGGGGGAAGGAAGGAGUAGAGAUAGAUGGAAGAAGAAGGUGGAGGAAGGAAGAACUAAAAGUCGGGCUUCUUUUCUUGACGUGUGCCGUUCGAUUUUUAGCCAGUAAGAGAAAAAAAGACACAUAGAAGAUUUCUAGGAGAUAGAAAUAAGCUUGUAUAAUAGUGUAGGAAGGAAGGAAGGAAAGAAAGAAAGAAAGAAAGAAAGGAACUCAGAAACUCAGACAGAAAGUAAGAAAGAGAGAGAGAUAGGAGACGAAAAGGACCGCGACUGCGCCGGUGGAACGUCGCAGCAGUCAGUAGGUACGCCCGCAGGCAUCCUUAUCCGUUCUCCUCGUUCUACCAAGACGACGUAUCUCCCUAGAAAGCCGAGACGGUCUUGGAUUUCUUCCUCCACCACCACCACCACCACCUCCUCCUCAUUCUCCUGCUGUUCCUGCUCCUCUCGCUUCUCUUGCUUCUCUUGCUCCUCCUCCUCCUCCUCCUCC